AUGCAACCAUAAUCUAAAUAAUCUUAGAAAGAAGAUGAGCACUGUUAAGUAGAAGAUCAUAUCUCGAGGAAAUUUGAACUACUUGAAUUUAAAGGAAAAGGAGCUUAUGGAGUAGUUUGGAAGGCAGUUGACCGUAAAACAAAAUAGAUUGUUGCAUUAAAGAAAGUACUUUAAGUAUUAGAAUGAUAGAUUUUCGAUGCAUUUCAUAAUGCAACUGAUUCACAAAGAACAUUUCGUGAAGUUGUUUUCUUAGAGCAGUUGGUAAACCAUGAAAACAUCAUUAAAUUAAACUGUGUUAUAAAAGCUGAAAAUAACAAAGAUUUAUACAUGGUGUUUGAUUUUAUGGAAACAGAUCUUCAUAAAGUAUUAAUAUUAUAAUAAAUCUAAAGGUGAUAAGAGCAAAUAUCCUAGAACCUAUUCAUAAAAAAUAUAUAAUAUACUAAAUCCUUAAAGGUCUUAAAUAUCUUCAUACUGGUGAACUAAUUCAUAGAGAUUUAAAACCAUCUAACUUAUUAAUCAAUUCGGAAUGUAAAGUUAAAGUAGCUGAUUUUGGCUUAGCUAGAAGUGUUGCUAAACCAGAUGAUAAUAGUAAUUGUUGUUAUAAAAUUAUUAGGUAAUCCAAUUCUCACUGAAUACGUUGCUACUAGGUGGUAUAGAGCUCCUGAAAUAUUAUUGGGUUCUUAACAUUAUUCUAAGGCUGUUGAUAUGUGGAGUUUAGGUUGUAUCUUGGGAGAAAUGAUAGUUGGUAAAGCCAUCUUCCCUGGAACAUCGACUUUAAAUUAGAUUGAAAGGAUUAUUGAAUUAAUUGGAAGACCUAAACAAGAUGAAUUGGAUGCUAUUUAAGCACCUCUUGCUGAAUAAGUUAUUUCUAGUAUCACUACUUAAAAGAGGAAAAGCAUUACUCAAUUAUUUUCAUCAGGCUAAGAUGAUGCCAUCGAUUUUAUCAAGUAAUCAUAUUAUUUAUAAUUAGAAAAACUCUCAUUUAUAAUCCAUACAAAAGAAUGACUGUAGAAUAAGCACUUAAUCAUCCUUAUGUUAAAGAAUUUAAAGGUACUGAAGAUGAAAUCUCCAGAGGUAAAUAAAUCAUUUUUAGAUAUUUUAUUAGAUAGUGCCAUUGAAACAUUCAUGGAUGAUAAUCGUAAAUAUUCUGUCAAAGAAUAUCGAGAUAACCUUUACUCUCAUAUUACCUAAAAGAAGAAAUUGGAACAUAAAAUCUUAAUUCGUAAUCUAAAUAAUGUUCCUGUUAAUAUCAGUGCUGAAAAAUCUACUUCCCCAACUAAAAAAGAUUCCUUUCUCAAAAAAAGCAAAGAUUCAGAACCUUCCAAUACAGAUAUUAGUGAUAAUAAGUAAUAACAUGAAGCCUAACAUGUUAAUCGUACCCUUCAUCAUAAAACUCCUUCCUACACUUAAUAACUAAGAAAAAAUACAUCAUCUUAAGAACAUAAUUACAAUCAUGAACCUACUGCCUAAUUUAUUUAUCAAAGCCCCAGUAUGAUGAUGUAAAAAAAAUAAUCUUAAUCAAUCUUCCCUAAUGUUGAUAAUGGUAGUCCCUUAAAACAAAUACCUAGAAAACAAUCUAUGUAAAAUAUCUAAAAUAGUGUCUCGACAGUUUUAUAAAAUACAUUAUAAUCCAAUCUAUAAAAUCAAAGUGCUUUAUAGGUCUCUCAACAUUAACUCUCAAGAAAAAGCUCCCAGGGAAGUAUUUAAAAACCAUACAAAAUGUCAGCGACUAAUUAUAAUUCCGUUUUUUAACAAUUAAGUAAAAUCAGAAAAUGAUAAUUUACACAAAAUCAUAGUAGCA